CUGGUCGGCUGAUGAACGAACUUGCUAGCAUGGAAAGUAAACUGAAGGUAAAUUCUGCUGAGUUGAACCGAACUGCAGAAGUCGUUCGAAAACUGAACAAGGGAAAAGCAGAUCUGAAUGAACUUCUCUCAUUGGGGAAACAACAUGGUGAUCUUACUGGAAUAGGAUACACGGGCAAGGAGAACAAUCCAGAAUCCUCAACUGGGACUUCAAAUACAAAACAUGCUGGCCUUGGAUUUGGGGAAAAACUUGAAAUUCGAGGUAUGAACCUGCAUGGAAAACCUUCCAUAAAUGUGUUCGACAAGUUUGUAAAAAGCACUGUAAGUAAGCCUCUAUCUCCAAAAUCUCUUUUGAAGUUUCAUUCUCCUAUGCAGAAAUUUGUUAGUAAAACUCACCAUAACUUUGUUCCUAUUUGUCAUUACUGUGGUGUAACUGGUCACAUACGACCCAAAUGUUAUAAAAUGCAGCAUGAUCUUUGUACAGGUAAUGUUAGGGGUUGGAAUCAGUCUGGCAUUCCGGUGAAGGUUCAUGCCAGAACCCUCCCAAAUAACCGUGCCAAAACUCAUCAAGUGUGGGUUGCUAAGAAAUCCUUCAACGGUUUUGCCUCU